GCGUAUGAAGGUCAGGCUUAAGUCAAGUGCGGUUUCUGUUUUUCGAUAAGGAUGAAGGCGGAGGAUGAGACUAAUAACAAGUUGGAUAUGAGCUUAGAUGAAAUUAUCAAAUUGGAUAAAAAAGAAGCUCGUAAAAAUAGACGAGUUCAACAAACGCUAGCUAUUCGUGGUAGACGCCAGAAUGCUUCUCAGUAUCGACAAAAACCUCGAAUAUCUGCCGCUGCAACCCGAUUACGUGGUUUAAGGCAGAAGCGACUUUCUCGAAUCAAUCGUCCUAUUCAGGGGUCUUCUUCUCAACAUCAAGUUUUAACGAAAAACAAACGUGUGUUCACCGUAAAAAAUAUCCGCUCAAGUAGAUCGACAGCACAGGCAGUCCUUCGCCGAGCUCAGAGAACCGCCGCUGCCGCUGCUAGGACAGCUGCUGAUGCCACUGCACUUCUUCAGCGCAAUCGUAUUCAACGUCAGCAGUUGUUUAAUGAACGAAGAAAUAUUCAACCAACCUCUCGCAUUGCCUAUGAAAGACGUCCCUCAAGACGAAGGAGCGCUCCUGCUUCAACAGUCGGUUCCCGAGGAGCUUACACUACACCUCAAGUCACUGGUCGUUCGUGGCAAUCAGAGCAGCAAUCACUUAAUUUUCAAAGACGUCCACGUCGUAGAUCCCUUCAGGUAUUGGGGUCACCUCAAGGUAGACGGACAUCAUUCCGUGGAGCCCUAUCCCGAAAUAAUUCCUUACGCAACAACACCUUUGUUCGUAACCAAAGGUGGGGUCAACGAACGAAUUUCCGGAGUAGUAGUCGAGGUCAACAGCGUAAUGGUUAUACGCUUACACCAACUGGUCGUCCAACCUCACGGGCUCGUAAUGCAGAAUAUCUUGCUCAAGCUCGUGCCCUUAUCCAAGCACAGAAUGAAAACGCUCAGCGGUAUGAUCUUGACAGUCCAAAUACGACAGUGUGGAACCCUAGAACCUAUAGCGCACCACACAGAAACCUGAAUUAUUAUGCCAAAUAUUGGGACAACUAAUAUAAUAAUGGAAAAUCUUUGAUCUUUCACAAGUUCGUUUUCUUCAUUAAAAUGGCUUUUGAUUGCUUUUAACAGUAUGUUAAAGUAUUCCACUUUUACUCACGUGUAAAUGUACGAUUGCUAUCAAAAGCUAACUGUCAUCAACAAUAAAACUAACAGGCGUGCGUGUUUUUUUAUUGCUCUUGAUAUCCACAAACCCAACUCAUUUAAGCUAUAUCUUCUGUAUGUAGAACCAAAAUUUUUAGAAUUACUUACUGGUUAAAUUUUGUACUUUAUGUAAAAUUUUAAUCACCAAGCAUUUCAUUUGAAUUAUUGCACUGUGGUGAUGUUAUUUCUGAACUGGUUGCUUUUUAAAUGUAUCAGUAAAUUUACACUGUUGUGCUGUAAGGAAGUUAUAAUUACAAUUCCAUAUCAAUCA